GCACCAAGCAUGUCGUUCCAGCUGCGUCGUCUCUUCGGUGGCCUCCGCGUGAACGCGGGGCAGACGGCCCGCCGCGGCCUGGAGGAGUUCUUCCCGGUGCAGAAGGUCGCGGGCGAGGGCGCCAAGGCCAGCAGCCUCACGCAGGUGCCGGCCAGCGUGGGCACCAAGCAGGUGGUCGUGGGCGGCGAGUGGAAGGCCUGGAUGCUGCGCCAGAAGAGCACGGACGACCUGCACAAGCUCUGGUUCGUGUUGCUCAAGGAGCGCAACGCGCUGCUCACGGAGCUGCAGCAGUGCCGCGCCAAGAACCUGUCCAUGCCCAACCCGGCGCGACGGACCAAGGUGAAGAAGUCCAUGGCGCGCAUCAAGCUCGUGCUGCACGAGCGCAGCCAGAUCUACAAGGCCAACCAGGCCAAGAAGGCGGCGGAGCAGCAGUAAGUAGGUGAACAGGAGAAGGGGAGAAGGCUAUGGAAAGAGGAAUACAGAGGCGCCUUCAAGUGGCGAUGUGUGAGCUGAUC